AGCAGGAAGUGUGUCCUUCCGCGAUAGAUGGCCACCGUGGAGCUGAGAUAACCUGUUCCACGUUCCCCCACCAAUCGCGGCUCUGGAUCGGGUAUAACCAUGGGAACAUGGCGUGGUCUACGAGUGGCGUUCAUCCUGGUGUCUUUGUUUAUGAUCCUGCUGAUCAUCGUCUGCUGGGACGACGUCGGAGGCUUCAACCUCUACCCGCUGCAGGAGCCCAAACACAUGUCGCCUCACCCUCGGACGACUGCUGGGCCCUCGCACUCUACGUACACCAGCAGAGCCCAGACCAGUACUUCCUCCGCCAUCCCCACUACUGCUCAAAGUACAACACUGGUGCUUGAGGAGACGGGGGGAGCGGCUGGGGCGCACACAGAGGAGGAGGGGAAGGACAAACAAGUACAGAGGAAGGAGGAAACAAGGGAGGAUGAGGAGGAGAAGGAGAGAAGUCAUAAUGCUGAGGACGAUAGGGAACAGGAGGCGAGGAAGCAGAGGAUCGUGGAUGUGUGUUCAGGACAGGACGCUGUUGAAUUCCCCGGAAGGACUCGGGCGUUUGAGCAGAUCCCAAACGGGGAGCUGGAUCACCUUAUAGUGGAUGACACCCACCAGAUUAUCUACUGCUACGUCCCCAAGGUGGCGUGCACCAACUGGAAGCGAGUGAUGGUGGUCCUGUCUCAGUCUCUGAUCUCGCCCUCCUCAGGAAAACCUUACACUGACCCAGAGGCUGUACCUCCUCACCUCGUGCACAACCCCUCUCUCCACCUCACUUUUGCCAAGUUUUGGCCCCAUUAUGGUUCUCUGUCCCGCCACCUGAUGGCACUCAAGCUCCAGCACUACACCAAGUUUCUUUUUGUACGAGACCCUUUUGUGCGUCUUAUCUCGGCCUUCGGGAACAAGUUUGAAAGGCCCAACGAGGACUUCUACAAGCAGUUUGGCUCUGUCAUGCUGCGUCGUUAUGCUAACGUGUCAGGCGGUUUGCCAGAGACAGCGGCGGAGGCGUUUGCAGCGGGAAUCAAGCCGACAUUUCAGCAGUUUAUCACAUACCUGCUGGAUGCAGAGACCGAGAGGGAGAGUAUCUUCAACGAACACUGGCAGCAGGUGUACCGUCUGUGCCAUCCAUGCCAGGUGAAGUAUGACUUCAUUGGGCGACUAGAAACCCUGGAAACAGACGCGAAGCACCUGCUGAAGCUUCUGGAGGUGGAUCAGCUGCUACGCUUCCCUUCAGGGGCUCGAAACCGCACUGCAGCCAGCUGGGAAAGAGACUGGUUUGCACAGAUUCCCAUAACAAUGAGGAGAGAACUGUACAAGCUGUAUGAACCAGACUUUGAGUUGUUUGGCUAUCCCAAACCUGACAGCACGCUCCACCAGUAGACCACGCCGAACCAAAGGACCUUCUUACAAGCUGCGUUAUCCCAGUCUGGUUUCCCCAUGUAAAGGCACUUUGAAUAGUAUUUCGGUAAGUCAUUGGGAAAGAACUGUUGACUGACAUCUCCGUGAAGGGAAAUGUCUGGCAGAGAAAUAAAGUGUUUUUGUAUAUGUGACUUUAUUUUUACUGUGUAUGUGGAAGAAAUAUUCAAGUGGCAAUACCACUAUGUAAAAAUAGUUAAUCGUAAGUAAGGUCUGUUUAAUAGUCCAGGGAGUACCACGCAACAGUUGUAUAUGUCUUCUGUAGCUGUGGAGGACCGUUAUCAACUGUAGGCUUUAAAAAUACUAAUUUCUAACAAAAAAUCAAGAGACUUCUUAAUUUUAAGUAAAGGUUAAACCAACUGUUGGCAUAUAGUUUGAAAGAUGUGGGUGUUUACCAGGCAUUGAAGGUCUAAUGAAAAGAUGCUACUGCUACAUUAUGGGUAUAAGGAUCCAGCAUUUUUGCAGCUUGAUACAUACUAGAUAUCAGGGUAUCCUCUACUGCUUUGAUUUUUACCAUUCGAAAUUCAAUCUAUAGGUGAGUCUUCCAAAUGUAUGAAAGUAUUGGAGUGCAUCCUAAAGUAAAAGGAGGCUAUAGUAGUAUUUUCACCAAAAAGUACUCAAGUAUCAAUAGUAAAAGUACUUAAUAUGUAGAAUGACGCCUUACAGAGUGUAAAAUUAUAUUAAAGUACAAAAUUCGCCUCUAAAUUGUAGUGGAGUAUGAGUAUCCAUACAAGGAAGAAAGGGUUGUACUCAGAAAUAUAGAAGUGUAAAGUCUAGUUCCAUAAAAUGGAAAUACUCAGGCAAAGAACAAGUACCUCAAAUUUGUACCUCAAAUUUUGCACAGUACUUGAGUAAACGUACUUCGCUGCAUUACACCAGUGCUGUAGGGAGUGUAUAGACAGAGAGUGAACGACAAACAAUCACGCCCUCCACUACU